AGAAUCUGCAAGGGGUCGGCCGUGCCACAGCGUCUACGCUCGUAGAGCUGAUACCCAGGUUGUCAGACGCGUUAUUGUGAAGUAUUAGUAUCACAGCCCAGCAGUUCUAUCGGUUUGCUCACGCGCAGCCUGAGCUUAGGUCGCACCAGACCACACACACCACAGGGUCACUGCCCAGGGUCACUGCCAGCCACUGCUGUUGAUACAAAAAGUAUGGAGACCCCCCUCGACCCGGACAUCGUACAACAUGCCAUGAAGGUCGAGCGCACGGCGGCAGCGCAGGGAAACGAGCCGCAGGCCUACACGCCCGCCACGGAGCUGAAAAGUCUGAAACCGUGGACGAUGCUCGCGCUUGCGGCGCUCGGAGCCGUCAUCAUUUCGCUCUGGACCUGGCACUGGCAGAUGGCGAUGACGGCGAUCCUCCUCGUCUCCCUCACGUUGGGCCCACUGCUCCGCUGGUGGACGCUCCACCGCGCGACGUGUCCGCUGGACCACGUCCUCAUGUCGUUCCUCGGAGGUCUGUUCCUCCUCUCGACGGUCGCCACGAUCAUGGGCCUGACCUUCGGCAUUCUCGCCGCGCUGAUCGUGUCGCCGAUCAGCAUGCUCGCGGGGUCGGCGGCCUGGCGGCUGGCGGUCAUAUGCGACGGGAUCGCGCGCUGGAGCGCUUUUUGUUUUGUGGAGGAGAUGUGGCUCCUCGGCGCGCUGCGGUGGUUCCGGCGGAAACGCCAGCAUCGCUUCGUCGAGAAUAGUAAUAGAGCUCAACGGGCCUUUGCGUUGUACGGCGCCGCUUCAGCCGUGGGCUAUGCAUGUGCGCAAUGCAUACUGCUGGCAUGCGUUGUGACGGUGCGCAUCCGUGCACAAAAUUAUCUCGGCGUUUCACUGUCUUCACGCCAUCGACGCCACGACUCACUUGAUUUGACCACAGGCGCACAUGGACGGCCACACGGUCUUCGAGCGCGGCCACGCCGACGAGGGCGUCGUCACGGCGUCGGAGACGGGAGGUUUACUCUUCCUCUCACUUUGCUUCGCGUGGUUCUUGCUCCCGCUGCGCCUCCUCGCGAGCCAUCUCAACGCGCUGGACUUGGAGCGCUACCCGGACCUCGGCGCGGACAACAACCUUUGCAUCCCGCUCGGCGCGACUAUUGAAGGUGAGGAAGCACCCGUGGGCCUCGCGUGCUCGAAGCGCCUCGCGCACAUGUGGGAGGUCGUCAAGUGGCCCUGGGCCCUUAGGGCGGCGCACUACAUCCAAUUUACGACUUUCUUCUGGUUGCUCGGUGUGCCCAUUACUUUGAUGAACAUAAUCGCUUGGCUUGUGGUGACCUUCAUAGUCUGGGUCGGCAUCAUGUACGUCGCGCUCUGGCACAUCGGCGUCGUGGAACGGGCGCUCGGCCAGAACGGCGCCGCGGUCUUCUCCGCGAACGACGACGUCACGAUGCGCUCGCUCUACGGCUUCGCUCUCUUGGACGACGAGGAGCCGGACCGCAUCGCGCACGCGGGAUCUCUCGCGCCGGACGACAACGGCGCCAUGAUCUGACCUCUCCCAAUACUCCUCCCCCCCACUGUCUGAACAAUCGUACGCGUAGUAUAUGAUAAGAAACAAUUACAUGUCU